AUGGAGAAACAAUCUUCAUCAGACAUUCUACAAGGAGAGAUUGAUGCAACUCACCGAGAGAUUGAUGCAAGUCAGUGUAUUGAGCUGCCAGUGCCAAUAUACCAUCCUGCCCAUGUUAAUAAGCUGAAACAAAUGCUGAGCAUGCUGUGCUUGAAAUGUCUAAAAGUAAAGCUAAAGAUGGAUCCGAAUCCGAUGCUCCGAUUUGGUAAUUUAGGUGUCUGCUGUGAGGAAGCGUCAACCAUCUCAAUCAGAGAGGAAGCAUCGGAUGGUGCUUCAUAUCUAGAACUGUCUAGCUCAGGACUAUGCUGGAAUUUCCUGGGAAUAUAUGGUUAUCGCUAUGGAAGCGAUCAGACGCGGCCCCUGCUUGCGAGAGAGGUACAAGAAAUUUUAAGACGAAUCCCCAAAGCAACAAUAAGGUAUCUCACAGCAAACGGAUAUGAUCCUCAAGCAGAAUACAUACUGGAAUAUCUUGCACUCCCGCCUAACUGUUUGUCAGAUGAAUCUGAUGGUCACUGCACCACGUCAUCGGAUCUUUCCAGCAUUGAGCUAAAAGACGUUCUUCAGAAAGUGGAAGAAAUAAGAAGCUCUAGGUCAAACUUUGAGUCUCAUAAGGCUGACUCCGAUGACAUGUUUAGAGUGGUGGAUACUUAUCUGAAGAUGAGAUAUGGGCCGACUAAGAUCCCGGACAGUUCCUCUUCAAAUGCUACUCGUCUUUAUGAUAAGAAGUUAAGUAAGAUUACAACUCUUGUGACAAAUGACAUAAUACAUGGGGUGAAGCCUACCGACACCAUGUCACAUGGUGGAACCAAUAUCAACAAACUCUUUGUAACAAGAAAGUCGCUGUCAGAGGGAAAUGUUAAUUAUUUGGUGUUUGAGGGUGUUCAAUCCAAAACUACAGUCGCAAUUAAACGCGUUCUGCGAUCUCAUGAGGCUGAUGCGAGCCGGGAGGAGUAUUCUAACCAGCGGCAAUCUAGUGAAGAUUCUGCAAAUGUCUUGAGUGUAUUUGAUUACAUGUGUGACUUGACUUAUGCGUAUUUGAUACUAGAGUAUGGGCCGUGCAACUUGGAAGACAUUGUGGAGUUUGCUAAGAAAAAAACGUGGGCAAUCAAUGAUCCGUCAAAGAUGAGUAUAGGGUCUUUUCUCAAUAAAGAGUGGGGAGCAAAAGGGGUGUUGUCACCUCUCAAACUGAAGCUGAUUAGGGAUAUUGUUAAUGGCGUUAAAGAUAUGCACCAAAAGAAAAUAAUACACCGGAAGCUACAACCACGACGUGUCCAAAUCGUAGUUCGAGAAUCGCCCACCUUGACUGCCAAAAUCACUGGAUUUGAAAGCAGUAAAUACAUCGGUGGUGCAAACACGUCGUUACGCUUCCGUGAUGGCAUUGCCACAGAUCGUACUCAGGAGUGGCUGGCUCCGGAGCAGCUCCGAAAAAUGGAUGAGACUUAUGCAGUUGAUUUAUUUAAUAUGGGUUGUCUCAUCCAUUAUAUCGUGUUUGGUUCACAUCCAUUCGACCAUGGAGAUGGGAGUAAUGUGCUUGAUAACAUCAGGCUCAAGAAAACCAGUUUCCUCCGACAAAAAAAAAAACUCACUCCCGAAGCUACUCAUCUUCUCCAGAAUCUGUUGCAAGAUGCUCCUAGUUUACGCUUAAGUGCAAGGCAAACCCUUGAGCACCCAAUCUUUUGGGAUGGUGAUACUAGGAUAUCUUUUUUACGUAAGGUUCAAGAGUUAUAUAGAGAUGGGAAGAUGCCAACCCUCCUUUCGCACAUGAAGACCAAGGAAUUUUAUAUUCACGGUAAUGAGCUUUUGUGGAGUACCAAUUUAGAUCAGGCGUUUUUAAAUUACCUCAACAAGAAAUUCUCCUACACCUAUUCACACUGUAUGGAUCUGCUAAAACUCCUGAGGAACACUAACACUCACUUUGAUGGUCUCCCUGCGGAUGCACUAGUGGGAACGAAUCCGCAGGGACUUGACACCUACUUUACUAAAAAGUUCCCUCUCCUACUAAUUGAAGAUACUGAAGUCAAGCUUCCACGCCCGACUCGGGUCAAGAACAAGACUCCGGCUCCGGUUCAAAUCACCGCCGAGCAGAUUCUCAGAGAAGCUCGAGAGAGGCAAGAGGCUGAGAUCCGUCCUCCUAAGCAGAAAAUCACUGACUCCACUGAGCUUUCCGAUUACAGACUCCGACGUCGGAAGGAGUUUGAAGACCAGAUCCGCCGCGCGAGAUGGAAUAUCCAAGUUUGGAUGAAGUAUGCUCAGUGGGAAGAGUCGCAGAAAGAUUACGCUCGUGCUCGGAGCGUCUGGGAAAGAGCCAUCGAAGGCGAUUACAGGAACCAUACACUAUGGCUAAAGUACGCAGAGUUCGAGAUGAAGAACAAGUUUGUAAACAGUGCGAGGAACGUUUGGGAUCGAGCCGUUACGCUUCUCCCGCGAGUAGACCAGCUUUGGUACAAGUACAUUCACAUGGAGGAGAUACUUGGGAAUAUCGCCGGAGCUAGACAGAUAUUCCAACGGUGGAUGGAUUGGUCACCGGAUCAACAAGGUUGGCUUUCGUUUAUCAAAUUCGAGCUUAGGUAUAACGAAAUCGAACGUGCUAGAUCAAUCUACGAGAGAUUUGUGCUUUGUCAUCCAAAAGUUUCUGCUUAUAUUCGAUAUGCAAAGUUUGAGAUGAAAGGUGGUGAAGUUGCUCGUGCGAGGAAUGUGUAUGAACGUGCCACUGAGAAGCUUGCAGAUGAUGAAGAAGCUGAGACGCUCUUUGUUGCGUUUGCUGAGUUUGAAGAACGAUGCAAGGAACCAGACCGUGCUAGGUUUAUCUACAAGUUUGCUCUUGAUCAUAUUCCUAAAGGAAGAGCUGAGGAUUUGUAUAAAAAGUUUGUGGCGUUUGAGAAACAGUAUGGUGAUAAGGAAGGGAUUGAGGAUGCCAUUGUUGGGAAGAGGAGGUUUCAGUAUGAAGAUGAAGUGAGGAAGAACCCUUUGAACUAUGAUUCUUGGUUCGAUUACGUUAGGUUAGAGGAGACUGUAGGGAACAAAGAUAGGAUUCGAGAGAUCUAUGAGAGGGCUAUUGCUAAUGUUCCACCUGCUGAAGAGAAACUAUACUGGCAAAGAUACAUCUAUCUUUGGUGA